AUGCCGUGGACAGAGCCAAAGAAGACAUCGUUUCCUUCUGUCGCCGUCAGAGACUUUCCUGAUCCUCCGUCAAAAUUGAAAACUCUCUUAGAAAAGUACAAACGCAAUACUUCUAUGUCCACAAAGGUUAAGAAACCUUGGAAUAUCGUGAGAAGCAGAAAUACUAAAAAGCAGACUAUGAACGGGUUUACAGCAUUUAGAUCUUUCUAUUCGAGGAAUAUCAGAGCAUAUAAAAGUCAGAUAGACCUCUCACAGCGCAUGGCCAAAAUCUGGAACGAAGACAAAAAAUUACAACUUCUAUGGUGUGGAUAUGUAGAGGAGUAUAAAAGCUCCAACACUUGCGAGGCUUUUACUUUCUGGCUGGAUUUGAAGAAAAAUGCACUUUCUUCCGACCUUCAAUCUCCUACCAUAUCACAGACAAAUGAGAUGUCGCACUUUUUUGUGGAAGAUGUCUACGAUGAUUCAGUUCCAGAAAUGGAUUAG